AUGAAACAACAACAGAUUGAUGUUUGGUCCUGUAACUAUAAGGUUUGGUUUAUAGGAGAAAAUGCUAAUUAUACUGCAUCUGAGUAUACCUGGGAGUCUGCAAAGCCGCUAGAAUUGCAGCUAAGUAAUGGGGAAAAUCGAGGUGCCAGUGGUACUGGUAUUGGAUAUGUAAUAAACCCAAUGCUUAAGGUCCUAGAUGAAAUGUAUAGAGCUCAAGAUGAUCUUGCCAGAGACAUUCACCAGCAUGAUAAUCGUAAACUGGAAUGGAAUGACGAGGAACUUAAGAAACUUUAUUGA